GUAUGAUAAUCAAGUUGGGCCAUUUCAAGGUGUCCCCUGAAUAGAUAUGUGGACACAGUUGGCAACGGGCUUUGUUGCAAGGAUAGGUUCCAGGGUUAGUGGUUCUGUUGUGUGGUAUGCGGUUGUUAGUGAGUAUUUGCUUCAGGUUGGGGGGCUGUCUGUAGGCAAGGACUGGCCUGUCUCCCAAGAUUUGUGAGAGUUUAUCCUUGCAACAAAGCCCGUUGCCAACUGUGCCCACAUAUCUAUUCAGGGGACACCAUCACAGGGCCUAAUAGCAUCAGCCACACUAUCAGAGGCUCGUUCACCUGCACAUCCACCAAUGUGAUAUGUGCCAGCAAUGCCUCUCUGCCAUGUACAUUGGUCAAACUGGACAGUCUCUACGUAAAAGAAUAAAUGGACACAAAUCAGAUGUCAAGAAUUAUAACAUUCAUAAACCAGUUGGAGAACACUUCAAUCUCUCUGGUCACGCAAUUACAGACAUGAAGGUCGCUAUCUUAAAACAAAGAAACUUCAAAUCCAGACUCCAGCGAGAAACUGCUGAAUUGGAAUUCAUUUGCAAAUUGGAUACUAUUAAUUUAGGCUUAAAUAGAGACUGGGAGUGGCUAAGUCAUUAUGCAAGGUAGCCUAUUUCCCCUUGUUUUUUCCUACCCCCCCUCGCGCCCCAGACGUUCUGGUUAAACUUGGAUUUGUGCUGGAAAUGGCCCACCUUGAUUUUCAUACACAUUGUAAGGAGAGUGGUCACUUUGGAUAAGCUAUUACCAGCAGGAGAGUGAAUUUGUGUGUGUGGUUUUUGGAAAAAAGGGGGGGGGGUGAGAAAACCUGAAUUUGUGCUGGAAAUGGCCCACCUUGAUUAUCAUACACAUUGUAAAGAGAGUGGUCGCUUUGGAUGGGCUAUUACGAGCAGGAGAGUGAGUUUGUGUGUGUGGGGGGGCGGAGGGUGAGAAAACCUGGAUUUGUGCUGGAAAUGGCCCAACUUGAUUAUCAUACACAUUGUAAGGAGAGUGAUCACUUUAGAUAAGCUAUUACCAGCAGGAGAGUGGGGUGGGAGGAGGUAUUGUUUCAUGGUCUCUGUGUGUAUAAUGUCUUCUGCAGUUUCCACAGUAUGCAUCCGAUGAAGUGAGCUGUAGCUCACGAAAGCUUAUGCUCAAAUAAAUUGGUUAGUCUCUAAGGUGCCACAAGUACUCCUUUUCUUUUUCCUGUAUAAAUGAGAUCAGAAUCUGGGACUCAGUCUUGAAAUCUUUCCAUCAGGUGGGGUAUGCAAUAGGCUGCUUACUAACAAUUUUGCCAAGCAAAUAAUCCCACCGCAGGGAGUUUACCAUUUUAGAGUCUGAACUGUUAUGCCAAAGUGUUAAUAAAAUGCAUGUAAUGACUUAAAUAUAUGUGUGACCCAAGCAUGCCAUCUGGCAGAUGGCUUAGGGGUACAUAUGGGUACAGGGAUCCCCUGAUCAGAUAACGUCCAUGCUGAAAGCCUGUGUCACACUGGUCCUCAUAGUCAUUAUGAGAUGUACGUAUGGAAAACGUGUGAGGAGUUAUGUGUAUAUGCUGAAAAUUACGUUCUCUAGGCCUUGCAGUUAAAGGCAGGUUACAUAAAGUUAGCAUGCCUUGCAACAAACUUCUCCAGACAGAAGGUGUGAGGUGGACCACAGUGAAUCUCACAACAGAAGUCUAUUAGCACACUGAGACAAAUGCUAAUGAAGAGCUUGUGGAAGCUUUAGAAGGAGAUUAACAGGAAGAGGUGAACAACAGAGGGAGACUGGAACCCUAUUUUCAGAUGAUCAUGAAAGGUCUGGUCUGGUCUAUGUAGGUAAGAUGAACCCUCAGGCAUCCUUCAGUCUGUGAGGACAAGCUGCCAGUAGGUUUGAUUUUAUGAAAGGGGGAUCUCAGCCAACUGGGCUGAAAAUGCUGGGGAAAAGGACUUUUUAAGCUCUCUUGUAUGAGACAGGGAACUAUCUUAUCAGUGUAGUUGUAUCUGUGUUGGUCCCAGGAUAUUAGAGAGGACCUCCUGAGUUCCCUUCCAACCCUGAUAUUCUAUAAUUCUAUGAGGCAAGGUGGGUGAGUUAAUAUCUUUUAUUGAACCAUCUUCUGUUGGUGAGAGAGACAAGCUUGUUUGGUGAUUUAAGUUUAGGGUCUAGAAAGUGUAUUUUGAUUUUGUUGGAUAUGUAACCAUUUGUUUCCAAUAUUCUUACUUCCUAUUAUUUGAAUCUCUGUCCUUUGAUAAUAAACUUUAUUCUUGUUUUCACUAUGAACAUAUCUGGCCGCUGCGUGUUAUGUGGAGUGGUGAUUCCGAGCUGAAUCUUACAAGCGUUGGGAGCAGCACCUCAGCGAGUUCCGAGAGUGUUCAGUGGAACAGGGACUGGACACUCCAAAGGGACGCUUGGAGGACUCGGGGGUUAGAGAGCUCCUAUCACUAACCUGUACAGAGAGAGCAAGGUCUGCAGAGGCUUGGCAUGUAGCGCUUGUGUCGUCAGAGGUUAAGGGCCUUGCAACCUAGGAUACCCCAGGGAAGUGUCACAAUUUAGUACAGACCCUGCAACUUCCUUCAACUGUGAGGCCUUUUGGGAGCUAAACACCAGCACAGGAAGUGUCAUUUCUUGAGCAAACAGCAGUCAGUGUCUUUCAACAACAAUGGAGCAAGAGCUGCAGAUCGGAAAUGAAAGCCAUCUGGAUUAUGGAAGUGAAUGUCUCCUUUCUCCCUCUGUUGCACAAGAUGCCCCUGCUCCUUAUUCCUCGCCCCAUGAAGGACCCUCUAUGCCCCGCUUGGAGCUGAUGGACACGGCUACUGAAGAUGAAGGGGAAGAUUCAGGAGACUGCGGAAACAAAGGUUUACCUCCCCGAGCUGAUCAGCUGCCUGAAGGAGAGCACAAUGAUUCCAUUCCAUUUCAGACAGAGUGGAGCAUUCUCUCUAUUUCUGAGCAUGUAGCCAGAGAAGCCUUGGUACAGUACACAGCCAAUAAGUGCUGCUAUCGGAUUGCCCCUGCAAAACGUAUGGUGGUCCAGAACCUGACUCCGCUCAACACAUUCAGAUAUCAUCUGCAAACCUUCACUGAAACCAGAGAAACAUUCCCGGUCAGCGAGCCUUAUAAUGGUGGAUUUGUGGACUCUUCUGAUGUUGCACCAGCACCUGCCCCGUGGGAAAUAGAAGUGGAUGCACCUCCUCUGUUUACGGAUUGUGAAAUGCACAUUCCAGUGCCGCACACAUAUUCAGUACAGGAUUGUCCUAAUUGCCAAGGACGUGGUAAGAAUCAGUGCCACUCGUGUAGUGGAUCUGGAAAGAGAAGAUGUACAGCUUGUAAUGGGACUGGCUGGCAAGACACAUCCAAUCAGAGUUGUUUAUUUUGCUCAGGUUCAGGAAAGAGACGUUGCUCAAACUGUCAUGGAGGUGGUUGGCAGAAAUGCAUCCGUUGCUCUGGAAAAGGCCUCUUGCUAUAUCAUUCUGAACUUACAAUCACUUGGAAGAACAGUGUUGCUGAAUAUGUUGUUGACAAGAAUUUUGGGAUUCCUAUUUAUCACCUGCAGGAAGUCACUGGGAAGGAAAUAUUUAGUGAUGAAAAUCAAGUGGUGUAUCCUCUAGUGAAUUUCCCUGAGCCGACCAUUGAUAGGGGUUCAGAAUCAUGCAUUGCGCAACACCAAAUGCAGUUUGCCUCCCAUAGUCGUAUAUUGAGACAGAAACAAACCAUUGAGCUGAUUCCACUCACCAAGGUGGAAUAUGAAUGGAGAGGAAAAGUCUAUUCCUUCUAUGUCUUUGGAAAUGAGAAUAAAGUGUAUACAGAGGACUACCCAGCAAAGUGCUGCUGUUCAGUCAUGUGAUUCACAGAUAGGUCCUAAGUUCUGCUAAGAAACACACCAUUGGGCACCACAGAAGAUCUGGAAUUAUUUAUUCUCCUUAAAGUGAGCAACUUCUUCCUUUCCAACUUUCACUGGAGAGCAGAUCUAAAGAUCUUUCAUUCCCAUCAUCAUCGCAGAGGGUGGUGGGUGUCUCUUUAUCAGUGCAAUAACGAUUCAUGCAGGUCAUACAGUACUUAAAUGAAACAGCAGAACACCUCUCUAGUGCACCCCUCGCCAUUCGCUCUAUAGUUAUGGAGAUGAACGAAUCGUGAUAAUGAAGAUUGAAACAUUGCUAACAUAUUGUAUGACAGAGAUUUGAAUUCAAAGCUUUUGGUUUUGGUCUCCAUAGCUUUGCAUUGAGAUAUUUAGCUUGCUAAAUGUAUCCUUUAAAUUCCUGUGUGUGGAAUGCAUAUUCUAAAUGAUGGAAAUGUAAGCAGCUUCAGGUAGCUUUCUUACAGAGUUUGAAAUGAAGGAAUGUGAUCUGUAAUUUUCCAAAUACACUAUUACUCUGCAAUAGCUCUCAGGGUCAGGAGCAACAGGUGUGUGUUCCAUCCCCUGAUAAGGAUCUUCACAAGAAAGUGUGGGAUGAGAUUGGUUCAGAGAGGGAUAGGGAGUGAUGUUAGCACAUGUCCAUGUGUAACCUACACAAGGGGAAUGUGAGUCUUUGUCUCCCUUAUUGUGACUGAGCUACACAAUAGCCACGAGUCUGCUUUGAACUGCAGGAGUUACUCCUCUAGCUCAACUGAUAGCAUCUCAUGCUUUCAGCUCUGUAGGACUUGGGCUCAAAUCACACUGUCAGCACAAGCAGGGUCAAUUACAGAAGGAUCUCAGGAGGCUCCUUACUAGGGUGGUCUGUUAAAAAAUUAAUAUUUAGGACAGACCCUUACACUGCGAGACCCAGAAGAUUUCUGUUGGCCAUCUGUUUACAUAGCUGGCCUAUAUACAUAGGAGGGAGCUCCUCACAGCAGGGAACAUGAACUCCUCCAUGUCUUGAAUGGCACCAAGCAUGCAACAGACAGUUUAAUUAAGAAAAUAAACACUGGAGCUGAGCUUUCUCACUUGAGGAUGAUGACUGCUCCUCCACCCCGGGGCUGUUCUAAAUGAGUGGUGGAAAGAGAGCAACACUCUCUUCAAGCACUUCACAGACUGGUUAUAUUCAGAUCUUUCUCCCUUGCCUUCAUAUUUUAUAUUAGGUGUUACCUCCAAGCAGCCAAUGUGGUUGCUGGCUAUCUCCUGCUGAGGUGCAAAUCAUAUAGUUACUGUUGUCAUUGCCUGCAUUGUUGUCAUUGACCGAGGUGUAUAGCAAAGUAACUCCAGUCCCUGGACUGACUGCACCUUUUGGUAAGUGACAUCAGACUCAGGCCCUCGAGCAGCACAACAAGUGAUUUGUCUUUGAAACCAAUUCAUGUGUGUAGUUAAACGCCAUCCUUUUCAGACCCAAGAUCUUUGUCAUAGACUAUGUCAGGGUAGACAGAGAAAGAGGGGCGGGGAGUAGGAAACGUGUUGAGUGGAUAAAUGCCAACACUAAAGGCCACCAGAUUAGUAACUAUGAUAGCACUCCAAAGCCAUUGUAGUCUAUGUUGUUGUGUAACUGGGUACAGUUACUAGCGCAAGCUAACUGACACAAGCAAUUAUAAUAUGCAGUGUUGUUGUAGCUGUGUUGAUCCCAAGAUAUUAUAGGACAAGGUGGGUGAGGUCAUAUCUUUUUGUCCCAGACCUGAAGAAGAGCUCUGUGUAAACUUGAAAGCUUGUCUCUCUCACUGACAGAAGCUGGGCCAAUAAAUGAUAUGACCUCACCACCUGGUCUUUACAAGGAAUUAUACCACUGUCAAAACAAGGGGGGGAGGGAUAGCUCAGUGGUUUGAGCAUUGGCCUGCUAAACCCAGGGUUGUGAGUUCAAUCCUUGAGGGGGCCACUUAGAGAUCUGAGGCAAAAAUUGGAGAUUGGUCCUGCUUUGAGCAGGGGGUUGGACUAGAUGACCUCCUGAGGUCCCUUCCAACCCUGAUACGCUAUGAUUCUACGCUAAGGGUCGAACAUUUAGCCAAAUGAUUAUAGCCCUUGUAGCAGGACAAGUAUGGAAAGAUGGAAGGGAGAGCUCAUUGCAAGGUUAGGUUUGGACACAAAUUAUUCUCUCUGUUUUGGGUAUUGUUGCAGGGGAUUCAGAUUUAUCCCAAAUUGACACCAACUUGGCAAAAGGCUCAAGCUGCACAUUUCUUCCAUGCAGUAAACUCAAAACAAAACCGGAGAGUAUAAAUCAUACAGCAGAGCUCCUUUCCCUGGUCAGCAUAAGCCUCUCGUAUCUCCCUCCACUGACAGUAGCACCUUUCCUUUAAGGUCUUGAGCCUAAACAGGCCCAGCAGUAUCUAAAUGACUCCAGCUUAUAGUACCUCUCUGAGCUACCCUCGAACACGGGCUGGAAUUAAACUUCAACACCUCAGACCAGUCUGGUUUGGCAGGAUCUUCUCCUAGUGACACCACUGGGGUGGGGUAUGCCUUUGGACUCGGGAAGGGGGCAACAUGAAACAGUAAACUGGUCAAUAUUUUUCCUAUCAAACUGGUUUUUGACAGAAAAUUGGGUUUUUGACAAACUAAUAUUUUGCAGAGAGUGUUUGUUUUCCAUGGAAAUUUUUGUUUUUCGCUAAAAUAUUUUGGUCAAAACCCAAAAGGUUUUGGCCAAAAAUGGGAGCUAUAGUGUUUCAUAGCAAGUGAUAGUUUGCAUCUCAUGUCCUCUUUCUACAUGCUAGCAUUCCCAGCAGGACUACAUCUCCCAUAAUACAUCAUAGUCUCCCCUACCAAUAAGGGGACACCUGUGUAACAUGGAAUCCCUGGCAAUAGUGCACUGUGGGAGAUGGUGUCCAGCUGCAGAACCUGGUACGCAGUGGGGAAUGGGGACACAAAGAGCAAAGUACAAAUCCAACUCCCAUUUUCAGCCAAAACUCGAUAAUUUCCAUGGAAAAUGUAGAUGGACAUGGACAUUUUCUCAUUUUCAUCUAAAAUUUAAGUGGGGAAAAAAUUUCAGACCACCUCUACCUCACAGCCCUAAUGUAAGCAAUGGCAAAAUAUUACUGAUUAUGUGAUUUGCUUAGCAUUGGAAAGACUAGACACUACAUUUUAAAUGGCUGAACACCCAAACUCUGUAAGGAAUAAAACACAUGUGGGAAAUAUCUGGCAGAGGUUCUUUCCUUUCUGAUGUGAAAUAUUUAUCUAAGCAUUUGUGCCAUAUCCAUCACCAUUCCUGCCAAACCCAAACAUUCAAAAUUCAUGAGUCCCCCCCAUAAAGAAAUUUAAAUAAAUAAAUAAUGUUGAGCUUUUUUAUUUGCCUUCAGGUUUUUUAACCUUUCGGGGGCACCUGGGUCAUGUUUCCAGACUUUUCUUUGCAACCAUCAGGGGCGGAAAUUUUCAUAAAAAAAUAAAGAAAGAAAGAAGAAGGCUGAGAAUUGCACCUAAGUGCGUGUCUCCAGGAGCUGGGGCUUUACGUAAAACAAAAUCUCCCCACUAUAUUUUCCACUGUAUGCGCCUGAUGAAGUGAGCUGUAGCUCAUGAAAGCUUAUGCUCUAAUAAAUUUGUUAGUCUCUAAGGUGCCACAAAUACUCCUUUUCUUUUUACGGAUACAGACUAACACGGCUGCUACUCUGAAACCUGUCAAAUAUGACAAGACUCAAUAAAAUCUAAGUGUUGGCAACCUU